GGCUCACUCUUCGUCAACACUGCCAAAUUCGUCCCCAAGUUGGACUCAUUCUCAGAGACGCAACCAUGGCGAAGAGUGGCCCCUGUCUAUUUUCGGUCUUCUUUCUUGUGGCUGCCCUGCUCAGCCGGGGUGCAGAUGCGGGAGGAGCUGUGGUGAUCCCCAUGUGCGGAAAUGGCCCAUGUACCGCAUGUAGUGGCAACUCAGACUGUGGAGAUGGCCAUGGAUGCGAGAUGGGAUGGUGCAAGCCUACCAUUAUUGUGUGCCCAGAGGGGGGGUGUGGUGUGGGUGGCGUUACCCCUCCUCAAUGCACAGGUGGGGACUGCCACGGAAACUGCGGCGGAGAAUGCUGUCAUGGGACCCCGGGCUGCUGCAACGGCAAGAAAUGCCCCCACGGCACCCAAUGCUGCAACGGAGUGUGCAAGGCAUGCUGCGACGAUGGGCACUGCGGAACCGGGUGCUCCAAUGGAGAAUGCUGUCCGGGAACCCCGGGCUGCUGCAACGGCAAGAAAUGCCCGCCUGGUACCAAGUGCUGCAAUGGAGUGUGUAAGGCGUGCUGCUGUGAUGGGGACUGCGGAGCAGGGAAGGUCUGCUGCAACGGACAGUGCAAAGAUGGAGACUGUUGUCCUGGAACCCCAGGCUGCUGCAACUGUAAAAAAUGCCCCGCCGGCACUCAAUGCUGUGGCACAGAAUGCAAGGCUUGCUGCUCGGACAGCCAUUGCCCAACCUCGAAGAAGUGCUGCGGUGGAGUGUGUAAGGACUGCUGCGUAGACAACGAUUGCUGUGCAGUCGGCCUCAACAAGUGCUGCGAUGGUUUGUGUCGCAAGGAUUGCUGCGCCCAUAGUGAUUGCGGCAGCGGGAAGUGCUGUGUGGGAAUGUGCAAACCACAAUGCGGUGGCUGCAGGCCAGGGUGGUUUCAUGGGGGAUGCAACUAGAUUGUGCACAGCACGAAAGCCCGAAUGCCAGGAAUGAAUUUGAGGAGAUGCGAACGCUUGUGCUUUUUCUGCGGUUGGAGUAGUCCUGAGGACCUAGGAUCCUUGAUGAUUGUCACUCCUGGUGAGGCAGCUGAAACUUACAUGUCAAGUCAUCUGCAGCUCAGAGUCUGCACUCAACGUUGAUGGCGCUCUGUGCCUUUUUUUUCUGUUAUGUGUCGGCUCUUUUGAUCAUUUUUCCAAUCUGACUAUGAGCCAAUUGGUGCCCAGGAAUCAAUUCCUUACCAUUCG